GGUAUUGUUCUGCUUCUCAAAAGCAAAUGGCUGGUUUGGAAGCAUAACUCUCCCCGCCCUUUGGAUCCCUGCUCGGUUCUCUUUUGGCACUUUGGGAUCCGUGGUAACCAUGCUGUGAUGAACGCCCCGGGAGGGACAGAUCACCUGUACCAGCCAGGUCUCCCUGCGUCUUGGAUAUGACUGAGUUUCUUCAGUGGGCCAGACAUCACUGGCAUCGGCUGAUCAAUGGGAGGACGCAGGGUGAAGACGAGAGGUCCUACAACUACUCCUCACUGCUGGCCUGUGGGGGCAAGCCCUCCCAGACCCCCAGACCUGCAGGAAAGCACCGCGUGGUCGUCCCUCACCUUCAGUGCUUCAGAGAUGAGUACGAAAGGUUUUCUGGAACCUACGUGAAUAACCGGAUACGGACGACUAAGUACACGCUUCUGAACUUUGUGCCAAGAAACUUAUUUGAACAGUUUCACAGGGCUGCCAAUUUAUAUUUCCUGUUUCUCGUGGUCCUGAACUGGGUGCCUUUGGUAGAAGCCUUCCAAAAGGAAAUCACUAUGCUGCCUCUGGUGGUGGUCCUCACAAUUAUUGCAAUUAAAGAUGGCUUAGAAGACUACCGGAAAUACAAAAUCGACAAGCAAAUCAACAACUUAAUAACCAAAGUUUACAGUAGGAAAGAAAAAAAGUACAUUGACUGUUGCUGGAAAAACGUCACCGUUGGGGACUUCAUCCGCCUGUCCUGCAAUGAGAUCAUCCCUGCAGACAUGGUCUUACUCUUUUCCACAGACCCAGAUGGAAUCUGCCACAUUGAGACUUCAGGCCUUGACGGAGAGAGCAAUUUAAAGCAGAGGCAGGUGGUGCGCGGCUGCGCGGAGCAGGACUCUGAAGUUGAUCCCGAGAAGUUUUCCAGUAGGAUAGAAUGUGAAAGUCCAAACAAUGACCUCAGCAGAUUCCGAGGCUUCCUGGAACAUUCCAAUAAAGAACGUGUGGGCCUCAGCAAAGAGAAUUUAUUGCUCCGAGGGUGCACCAUCAGAAACACAGAGGCCGUUGUGGGCAUUGUGGUCUAUGCAGGUCAUGAAACCAAAGCCAUGCUCAACAACAGUGGGCCUCGGUAUAAGCGCAGUAAAUUAGAGAGAAGAGCCAACACAGAUGUCCUCUGGUGUGUCCUGCUUCUGAUCGUCAUGUGUUUAACUGGUGCACUGGGUCACGGAAUAUGGCUGAGCAGGUAUGAAAACAUGCUCUUUUUUAACAUCCCUGACCCGGAUGGACGUGUCGUAUCACCUGUGCUGACCGGAUUCUAUGUGUUCUGGACCAUGAUCAUCUUGCUGCAGGUUUUGAUCCCCAUCUCUCUCUACGUGUCCAUCGAGAUCGUGAAGCUUGGCCAGAUCUAUUUCAUCCAGAGCGAUGUCGAUUUCUACAAUGAGAAAAUGGAUUCUACUAUUCAGUGCCGAGCCCUGAACAUCACUGAGGACCUUGGGCAGAUUCAGUACCUCUUUUCCGAUAAGACAGGAACCCUUACUGAGAAUAAGAUGGUAUUUCGGAGGUGCAGUGUGGCAGGGUUUGACUACUGCCAUGAAGAAAACACCAAGAGGCUUGAGUCCUAUCAGGACACUGUCUCUGAAGAUGAGGAAUGCACAGACACUCUCAGCGGCUCCCUCAGCAAUGUGGCAAGACCCAGAGCCCAGGGCUGCAGGACGCUUCACAGUGGGUUUCUGGGAAAGCCUUCGGCUCGGCUCUGUGGGAGCACCUCUGCUGUGGGAAAUGGAGAAGGAUCCGGGGAAGCAUCUCAUUCCAGACAGGCUGCAUUUAGUAGUCCCAUUGAAACAGACGUGGUACCAGAUACCAGACUUUUAGACAAAUUCAGCCAGAUUAGCCCUCAGCUGUUCACGCGACUGGAUGGUACCUCUCGGAGUUCACCACCAGAGACUUUGUACAUCAUGGACUUCUUUAUCGCGCUGGCAAUUUGCAACACAGUGGUGGUCUCUGCUCCAAACCAACCUCGCCAAAAGAUUGGGCUCUCCUCACUGGGUGGAAUGCCCAUCAAGUCCUUGGAAGAGAUUAAAAACAUCUUCCAGAAAUUGUCUGUCCGGAGAUCAAGUUCACCAUCCCUUGCCAGCGGCAAGGAUUCAACCUCUGGGACUCCCUGUGCCUUUGUGAGCAGAAUCUCUUUCUUUAGUCGAACAAAAUUGUCACCUCCCAUGGAGGACGAGUCUUCCCAAAUGGAUGAAAUUCCCCAGGCCAGCAACUCAGCUUGCUGUACAGAAACGGAGGCACAAACCAGUGACGUAGGACUCAGCGCUGGCUCGGCUGAAGCCCCAAAUGGUCCACCGCCCUUGGCCUCCAACCUGUGUUACGAGGCAGAGAGUCCAGAUGAAGCAGCCUUGGUGUAUGCCGCCAGAGCUUACCGUUGCACUUUACAGUCUCGGACCCCAGAGCAGGUCAUGGUGGACUUUGCUGCUUUGGGCUCAUUAACAUUUCAACUCCUACACAUCCUGCCCUUUGACUCGGUGAGGAAGAGAAUGUCAGUCGUGGUCCGGCAUCCUCUUUCCAAACAAGUCGUGGUGUAUACGAAAGGCGCCGAUUCUGUGAUCAUGGAGCUGUUGUCCGUGGCUUCCUCCUCGGAUGGAACAAAUCCGGAAGAACAACAGAUGCUAAUAAGGGAGAGAACGCAGAGGCACCUGGACGAGUAUGCCAAGCGCGGGCUGCGCACCUUAUGUGUAGCAAAGAAGGUCAUGAGUGACACGGAAUACACAGAGUGGCUGAGGAAUCACUUUCUAGCUGAAACCAGCAUCGACAACAGGGAAGAACUGCUAGUUGAAUCUGCCAUGAGGCUAGAGAAUAAACUCACGUUGCUUGGUGCUACUGGCAUUGAAGAUCGUCUGCAGGAGGGGGUCCCCGAGUCUAUAGAAGCCCUUCACAAAGCUGGCAUCAAGAUCUGGAUGCUGACAGGGGACAAGCAGGAGACGGCUGUCAACAUAGCGUACGCAUGCAGACUCCUGGAACCCGAUGACAAGCUCUUCGUGCUCAAUGCACAGAGUAAGGAUGCCUGUGGGAUGCUGAUGAGUGCAAUUUUGGAAGAGCUUCAGAAGAGAACUCAAGUGUCUCCGGAGCUGACAUCACCAAGAAAGAACUUUCCUCAGCCUCCUGACCCUCAGUGCCCAGGACGUGCAGGGCUUGUUAUCACUGGGAAGACCCUGGAGUUUGCCCUGCAGGAGAGUCUACAAAGGCAGUUCCUUGAGCUGACUGCAUGGUGCCAAGCUGUGAUCUGCUGCCGAGCCACCCCACUUCAAAAAAGUGAGGUGGUGAAAUUGGUUCGAAACCAUCUCCAUGUGAUGACCCUGGCCAUUGGUGAUGGUGCCAAUGAUGUUAGCAUGAUACAGGUGGCCGACAUUGGGAUUGGUGUCUCAGGACAAGAAGGCAUGCAGGCUGUGAUGGCCAGUGACUUUGCCAUUUCUCAGUUCAGACAUCUCAGCAGGCUGCUUCUUGUGCACGGGCACUGGUGUUACACGCGGCUCUCCAACAUGAUUCUCUAUUUUUUCUACAAGAAUGUGGCCUAUGUGAAUCUCCUUUUCUGGUACCAGUUCUUUUGUGGGUUUUCAGGAACAUCUAUGACUGACUAUUGGGUUCUGAUCUUCUUCAACCUCCUCUUCACAUCCGUCCCCCCCAUCAUUUAUGGAGUUUUGGAGAAAGAUGUUUCGGCAGAGACCCUCUUGCAGCUGCCAGAGCUUUACCGGAGUGGUCAGCGAUCAGAGGAAUAUUUGCCCCUCACCUUCUGGAUCACCUUGUUGGAUGCCUUUUAUCAAAGCCUGGUCUGCUUCUUUGUGCCUUACUUUACUUACCAGGGCUCUGACAUUGACAUCUUUACCUUUGGGAAUCCCCUGAACACAGCAGCUCUGUUCAUCAUUCUCCUCCACCUGGUGAUUGAAAGCAAGAGUUUGACUUGGAUCCACAUGCUGGUCAUUGUGGGGAGCAUCUUAUCCUACUUUUUCUUUGCCUUGGCUUUCGGAGCCUUAUGUGUCACUUGCAACCCACCAUCCAACCCCUAUGGGAUUAUGCAGAAGCAUAUGCUAGACCCCGUGUUCUACUUAGUUUGUGUUCUUACAACCUGCGUGGCACUUCUGCCCAGGUUUAUAUACCGAGUUCUUCAGGGAUCCCUGUUUCCGUCUCCAGUUCUCAAAGCCAAGUACUUGGACAGACUACCUCCAGAGGAGAGAGCAGAAGCUCUCAAGAGGUGGAAAGGGAUUGGAAAGGACAAUCACAUGGCAUCUAAGUAUGCCAGCCAACCAGCUGCUAAGUCAGGAAGACCCACACCUGGCUCUUCCGCUGUCCUUGCGAUGAAGUCAGCAACAGUGUGUACUGUUGAGCAAAGCACAUGUGAGACUAUGCUAGACCUUGGCUACUCUGAACCUGGGGCCUCAAAGAUGACUGGACCCUCAGCAAGUUAAAAAUGCAGGAUUCACUGUUUAGAGUUGCCGAUAAUCUUUCAAGUUUGGAAGGAUGUAGAAGAGGUGCCUCUCAGAAGCAAGGAUUACUUGUGGCUUUGUACUAGGGAUAUCAUCAUUUUGCUUGGCAUGGAAAAACCAAGAACAAUUGUAUACCUGUGGGCACAUGUGUAAACAAGGGAUAGCAUUUGACCUGAGCAGAGUUUAGGGAAUAUUUAAUUCAGGAUAAUAUGUUCUUUUUGUGAAACUUUAUGAUUUUUGUAAAGGAGUUUUAAUUAUCUUAUAAAUGUAAACAUUUUCAAAGAAACUUAUUUGAGAAAUAUUUACUUUACAGAGAAGCCUUAUGCAUUUGAAAAAUGCUUUAUAUGAGAUCCAAGCUGAAAUCUCCUUAUGAAAAAAAAGUACUGUUAAAAAUUAUUCAUUAGGAAAACUCAUUAAUUUGAAGAUAAAUUCCCGAGACUUUUAUUUGCCAUGAGAGGAGGCUUUGGUCCUCCAUUGAAGGUGUUUAUCAUCACUCUCUGUCAUUUGAGCUUUGUGCUGAAGUAGAGCCUUUGUAGAGAAGGGCAAAGAAGAAGGCUAGUGUUUUCAACAGUACCAGGCUGCCUUCUGCUCUGUUUACUCUUCUGAGUAGACGCACAGACUCCCUAUGUGCAGAUGUUGUCAACCGGGAAACAGACAAAUGGCUGUGAAACAUACUCAGCUGAGCCUACAGGUGUGAGCAACUCCUGGGUUCUAAAACUGAUGACACCCACAUUAAAAUGAGACAGCCAUUUCGAAAGUCUUCCAGAGACCACUCGAGUGUUCACAGUUGUAACAGUGCUCCACAGUUUGUGUUGUGCCCUCCACAGAAUGAGGUAUGGGUUGAAACUGAUACAGGUUAUUCUCACUGGGAAUCUCCAAGGCUCUUAGAAAAGUAAACAUAUUGAAGGGUAGAGAGGCCUGUAGCAAGGUUUCUGCUGUGACAGAUCACGGACGGAUGCUGUCUUCGUUUAGUGCCUGGAAGCUAGUCUACACUAGUCCAGUCAAUUUGCUACUGUGAAGUCGUGUACUCUUGUUGAAAUCUUUCAAAGCUUCCAUAUCCACCUGACAGCUGCCACCUCUCUGUCAUCUAGAAUUCUCUUCAUGAACCUCUAUGCUAAAGGUUAGUGUCUACAUCAAAGUCGUGUAAACUGUUAUCUCAGGGUCUAACUGUUGCCCGCUGGGUGCCGUCCCAGUCACUUUCUGUACCUGCCUGGUAUCAUCGUUAAAUGGUCUUUUCACAUAGGCUGAUUUCUGGAACUGUCAUGAAACCAUGUGUCUAAACGAAGCUGCCUUUUGCUUCCUUGAGAUUUUUUUUUAAAUAAAUUAUUUAAUAAAUGAUGUUCACCGGAAACUGUCA